GUUUGAUAAAUGGUGAAGGAUGUAGCGCAGCUUUCUUGAAUACAAACUAGGCGUUUUUUGAUAAAGUUUUUAUUUAGGUAGUGAAGUAAAUGGUUUUAUUUAGGGCAGAUUUACAAAACAAUGAAGCAUACUUACAUUCAUAUCUAUGAUCCCGCACAGCAGAGCUGGCACAUUCUGACCUUAAACUGGCAAACAAGGCCAGAACGUGAGCACUUAUAAAUGCGAUCUUUAAGCUGAAAAAAAAAACUCCGAAGUAAUUAAAAACGAAGAAAACAACACGAGGCAAGUAAUUAUGAAGAACUCAACGUCAGGUUGUUCGGUGGUCACCAUACAUGUGAAUCUUGCUUUAAACCUUCACUGCGAGCUAUGUUGGUGUAUACACAAGUGUGCAUACAGUAAGUAUAUAUUAUGACGGAUAUUCCAACCAAGUUAAUACAACGUCAUGAAGAGCGGCUGGCAAAUAUAGAGAAAAGAAGGCAAGUCAGGAUGAAAGAAAAAAGUAAUGAAAGUUCUGACGUCUUUAUGCUCUCCUUCAAUAAGGAGAAACAUGAAAUACUAGUGUUAUUGGAUCAAUUGCACGCCGCAAUGCCUCGAAUUGACCUUUCAAGUUCGUUUGACUUACUAUCCCAGAAAAUGCUAACGAUACAAAAAUUUGUUUCUGACUCUUCAAGCUUCUUACCUUCGUAUAACAUCCAAAAGGCGCAUGAAAUUUUAUCGAAGUUGAGAAAUGACAUAAACGAAAAGCGAAGUAUCUUAUUGCCGAAGAAAAAGUUUGCAUUUAAAUCCAGACAAAAGUUUAAUACAAAAACAGAUGAGGAGGAGCAACCGACUGGCGCUGUCAAAGAAUCUUUAAAUUCUUUGACAUUCAAAGAAAGCAGUAUAGGUUUUACUUGUCAUACAAAUGAACAGUUGAUACUGCAUGAAGAACAAUGCACAGGACAGGAUAUAAAUCUAUCCAAUUUAGAAGAUUGUACUGUUUUUGUAUAUGGCUCCCCAUCGGCUAUGAGAAUCAAGAACGUUAUUAAUACAACAAUCUUCUGUGGUCCAGUUAGUAGAGCCAUCUUUGUAAACAAUUGUUUAGACUCAACAUUUCAUCUAGCUUGCCAGCAGUUACGUAUUCAUUCGACUUUUAAUGCAAAGUUUUACAUUCACAUAACAAGCAAGGCUAUAAUUGAAGAUUGCGAAGAAGUCAGGUUUGGUUGUUACACAUGGACAUACAACAGCAUUGAUAAACAUUUUGUUGAAUCUGGUUUAAAUGUUGAAGUGAACAAUUGGAGAAAUAUAGACGAUUUUAAUUGGCUGAAACUCGAUGAGCAAUCUCCUAAUUGGUGUCUUAUUGAAUGAUAUGUAUAUGUUUAUAAUGAAGAGCUGGUACAUUUAGAUAUCUUAUAUAUCUUUUUUAUUUUAAAUUUUUUUUUGUCAGAUAAGGUGGAGUAAUUUUGAUUAUUUAUUAGUUCAAUUCCA